GACUACAUUGGCUGCAGUGGUCGUGGUCGACUGCAGUCCCCGGCGGGAAAACAUGCAAUUCGCCCAAAGAAAGCAAAAUAUACUGCAUCGACGACAAUAUUGACCUACAUCUGCUAUUGAUGCAUUCGAGUGGAUGAUCACGUGCCACGCAUUGCGACACCUUGUUUCUGUUGCCAAUUCGUGAGCAGAACAUCGAUGAUUUAUUGACGACAUGACCAUAGCAACUGUGUACAUUACCCCCUCCAGGGAUCACUUGCCAUAUAUGCAUAUGCAUAUCUAGGUCAGUACCUAUAUUUGAGUGCAUUGGCAAGCAUCGUGCUUGUGCUGUUCGACUCACAGACCUACAUUUGCUGGGCUAGUCCAUCAUUCGCUGCCUCUUGCACCACCAGACCGUUGACUAGUGUUGAGAUAUUGCGCAACUGCAACUGUCAAAACCGGAUGAUCGAGUGGAGAUCGAGUGAGUAAUCCGCACGAUUAUUUAAAUGAUCAACAUCUCGACCUGCACUCCGACUGGACAUAAUUAACCCUACUACAGUUACUGUAGAAACGACAAAAUAUACAGGGUACCUGUUGAAACUUCUCUAACAGCGAUCAGGACAUCCGCGAAUCAACUCGAUCGGGAAAUAAGGUGUCUCAGAGAUUCACUGCCAGUUGAAUUACUGAUUUAUCAGCUGAUCUUCAAGUCAGCAGAAUGGGUACCUCACAAUCACACCCUACCUACCAAGGACAGGUGAUGUCUACAAAAGAACCUGAGCCUGGGCCACCAUACCCAGGCCCUCCAGCUCAGUAUCAAUUUGUGAACACUCAGGUUACAAUUGGAACACAGAUUUCCUUCAGCUUCACACAGACACACAUGGUUACAAGUGACAUCAACACUUACUAUCCUUUCUUGGGAGCACAGUAUGCACAGGGAUACAGGCUGCUGUCUUUUUACCGCAUUCCAGGUCAAACAAGGGUCACUGGAUUCAUGAACGCAACUGUGGCUGUCCCAUUCCAGGGUAUUUUCUGUCGAUAUCCUAAUGUCCCUACUCAUGAAAAAUGGCAUCUUCAUAUAGAAAAGUCUGUCAUUCAGACCCAACGUAUGGUCAGUGGUAUUAUUACGUUCAACACUCAACGAGGUGUAGUCUCCGACACAUCCCACAUCAUGGAGAGCAUAGCACGCAAUACUCAAGGAGGUGGCCGCCUUAUCUGCAUUGAGAUGACAGGACAACAGCAAAGCCAGUCAACGAGACUAGCUUACUCUGGGCUCUCACCAGUGAUGGGAGUGGAUCUGUUCUUUGAGAAACCAGAGCAUCCUAUGCCAGAACAGUUUGUGUACAACUGUGUGUGUGUCCCAAUUAAUGUCACAUAUCAAGGAGGGUUUCGUCCAGUGCCUGUUGUACAGUGCGACUGGUUGGGAGUGCUUGCACAAAAUCUAAGCCAGGGAUGGCGCCUGAUAGAAAUCUUCAUGGACAUGACAUGCUCUACACAGGCUCAUGGUUUCAGUGCAACCCAAACUUUAAACUCCAUGUGGUUUUUUGAGAAGGCUGCCUCCAGGAUGAAUGAUUCAACCCCCGUCUACCAGGGCACCGUGGUUCCCCAUGAGAUAAUAAUCAAUGCCGGUUUUGGUGGCACCACAACCAGUGCACACUGGGAGCCAGUCAUUGAAAAAAUGGGCAGCCGUGGCUGGGAGCUGGCUUGCAUCUUAGAGACACCAGAAAGCCACAUUUCUGGGAUGGCAUCUAUCGCCAGGAAAUGUCUGCUCUUCUUUCAGCGUCGGAUCCUUCCUCCAGUCGGUGUAGCACCUGGUGCUAUAGGAUUUAAUCUCCCACCACCACCCCCUUACGACAGCAUGCCUGCUGGAUAUGGGCAGGUACAACCUGGCUUGUAUCAGCCACCACCCCCACCUCCUGAAUACAAAUGAAGGCUCAAUGAAAGCCUGGGGAAAAGAUUCUUGUUAAAAAAAUGUGGUGAGCAGCAAGACUGAACAAGUUUGUUAAGCAGCAUAAAUGGUUUCUUAAUCAUUUUAUCAAGUGUGAUUCAGGUAUUGACUGUGCUGCAUGCAGUUACCAGAGGAUGGCAUGAGAAAACAUGAACAUUUUGGAUUCAGCUGUCAACACACCACAAAAAAUAUUAAAAUGUACUGUCAAAUAUCCAUAAUAGAAGGGAUUGAAAUCUCUUUUUUUUCUUUUGUACACUGGCCUACAAAGCUCCCUAUCAAAUUUGCUGGCUCUGACAAUCACUGUGCUCUAGUUUGGCGACAUAUUUGUAUGAAAUUUCAUAUAACUUGCCUGUUUUUUGUUGUUUUUUUCUCAGAUGCCCACAUUCACUACAACAUGCACUAGAAGUGAUUUUUUUUUCAUGUGAUGUCAUUAUAAAAUUAUAAAUCUGUUACAUUCAUCAGAGAAGAUAUUUCCUAAUGGGUAUGGGGAAACUUCUUGGUGUCCUUUUGUUCAAGUCUUCUGAAAAUAAUGAAUUAAUGAGUAUAUUCUUAUGAAGCUUCAAUUAUAAUGUUUAUGCUUAUACCAAUGGUGUUAAAAUGGAAUACACCAUUUUUUUAAACCUUAGAAAUCAUGUCCAUUAUUACCUGUAACAUAGCUUCUCUUCAACAUACAUGUAAUAGAUUGCCGUAAAUAUUUCUUAAAACAUUUUGACUGUUGGAGGCAUGCUGGUUCUCAUAAGAAAUCUCAGAUAUGAGCUAAUCUCUUCUUUAUAGGUCUAUGUGGCUGCCUGCACACAGUCCCCAAUAACACUCGUUUUAAAGUCAUUUUAAGUAAUCCAAAAAAAGUGUUUCUAAAAAUAAGUGCCUUUUAAAAAAAAUCUGCUUACUUGGUUUCAAAAUUUUGAAAGAACACAUUUUAUGGAUUUUGUUUCUUUUUUUUUAAAUUUUUGUAAGAAAUAUUAUGCUUGAGCUUCUACUGACUACCCCAUCAAUUUUUUUUGUUUUGUUUUAUUGCAUGCAAAUGAUGGAGACCAUACUGUUUUUAAUGCCUUCAACUCCUGCUUAUACAGCAUUAGUCUAGUCAAGCAGACAGAAAAUUUUCAAGAAAAAUGUGGGCAUUAAUUUUUGUCGUUUUACUAUGACCAUUAGAUAGUCUUGUUUUUGAGAAUAUUUUGUUUAAUGUAAAAAGUCUGUGCAUGCAUCUUAAACACAUGACUCAAAGGGUUUUAUGAAUUGGUUAUGAGUGAAAGACCCGUAGGAACCAAAUGUAGUUGUGCUGAAAAUGUGAGCGCAAAAACUGUCUACUUGAAAGAAAAUUGUCAAAUUACACAAAUUUUUCAAUGGCUUUUUCUCCUUAAACACAUUGCACAGGUCAGUAUGAACUCUGAUGAUAAGAAUAAUGAAAUGGAGGGGGCAGCAUAAUCAGACCGUUGAAAUAUUUUUUGUUUUUUUAUUUUUAUAGUUAAUCUAUUUGUAUGUGUAUAUUUAUGAAGUUAUUAAUUUUCAUGCAAUUAGCAAUGAUGUUCUGUGAUAAAUUACGGUGUGUGAGUGUGCUUGUGCAUGUGUGCAGAUGUAUGCUGCACACCUCUGCAUGAAUUCUUUAUAAUACCCUUUAUAUUUUUAAGCAUCAUAUUACAAUAAUAAACUAAAUAAAAUACCAAA